UAAAAUAUAGCUCGUGGGUGGUUCUGCGUGUAUUUGCAACUUGUGUGGAUUGCAUUGAACGUUUACGCGAGUUUCACGUUUUGCUCAUUUUGAAACGCUUCAAUUACGGUUUUUGUUCGCUGUCAUGUUAGAUAAAAUGCUAGCAGUUAAUGUUAGUUGUGCAGAGCUAUCGUCGCCCUUAGUAGCAGCAGCAGCAGCAGCAGCAGCAGCAGCAGGAGCCUGCAAUACCUGCUCUUCUGAAAUCAGUCAGCCUUUUACUCUCACCAAGCCUGGUGUGAAUUAACUAUCAAGGUUCACCUGCAACACUUCAACGACCAAAUGGCUACCGACAUGCCCAUGGACACGGUGCCGGCUCCUCACCCUGCCCCAGCCUCACCCUCAGACCCUGCCUUAGCCUCACCUCCUGCUCCCAGCUCAAGUGCAACCCAAGACCAGAUUCCCACCCAGGAGCCAGCAAUAGCUGAAACCCCUCACACAUUGGUGACCUCAGAAGAUGAUGCUGCUCCAGAUCUCAACCCAGCUCAGCCUGCUGACCCAGACCUGGCCCCAGGACUUGUUCCAGGUUCUGAGAUCCCCCCGGCCCCUCUGGUGCAACCACUGCCACCAGUCAGCGCCAAGAACCCCAGCUGCAAGAUCAUGACCUUCCGGCCCACCAUGGAGGAGUUUAAAGACUUCGCCAAAUACAUUGUCUACAUGGAGAGUCAAGGAGCUCACCGUGCUGGUUUGGCAAAGGUGAUUCCCCCGGAGGGCUGGAAGCCAAGGAGAUCCUACGACACUAUCGAGGACAUGGUGAUUCCAGCUCCCAUCAUGCAGGUGGUGACCGGUCAGUCGGGUCUGUUCACCCAGUACAACAUCCAGAAGAAGUCGAUGACUGUGGGCGAGUACCGCAAGCUGGCCAACAGCAAGAAGUACUGCACACCUCGCCACAAAGACUUUGACGACCUAGAGAGGAAGUACUGGAAAAACUUGACAUUUGUGUCACCCAUUUAUGGUGCAGAUGUCAGUGGCUCCAUCUAUGAUGAGGACAUUCAAGAGUGGAACAUUGGCCAUCUCAACACGCUGCUGGAUAUGGUGGAGCAGGAGUGUGGUAUCGUUAUUGAGGGUGUCAAUACUCCAUAUCUGUAUUUUGGGAUGUGGAAGACCACGUUUGCCUGGCACACUGAGGACAUGGACCUCUACAGCAUCAACUACCUGCACUUUGGACAGUCCAAGUCCUGGUAUGCCAUCCCACCUGAACACGGCAAGAGGCUGGAGAGACUGGCACAAGGCUUCUUCCCUGGAAGUUCCCAAGGCUGUGACGCCUUCCUUCGCCACAAGAUGACACUGAUAUCUCCAUCCAUCCUAAAGAAAUACAGCAUUCCAUUCGACAGGAUAACUCAGAAUGAAGGGGAGUUUAUGAUCACCUUUCCUUACGGCUACCAUGCUGGCUUCAACCAUGGCUUCAACUGUGCAGAGUCCACAAACUUUGCCACGCUGCGCUGGGUAGAUUAUGGCAAGAUGGCCACCCAGUGUACCUGUCGUAAGGACAUGGUGAAGAUCUCCAUGGACGUGUUCGUACGCUGCCUGCAGCCCGAUCGCUACGAGCUGUGGAAGCAGGGAAAAGACUCCACAGUGUUAGACCAUCUGAAGGCCACUGAGCUCAGCAGCCCCGAACUAGAGCGCUGGAGGCAGCAUCGUGUCACCUUCCGAGAAAACCUCCUGCGAAGGGCCAUGCAGAAGAUGAAACAGUUCCGUCGUCUGAAGCUGGAGGAGGUGAAAGUGCUGGCGGAGGAAGGCAUUGAGCUGAAUGCGUCCGAGUACCAGCGUCAGGUGGAGGAGCGCGAGGCCCAGCGGAGGCAGGAGAGGGAGGAGCGUCUAGCCAGAGAGGCCAUGAUGACCCUGGAGGCCAUGGAGCGUGAGGAGCAGGAGGCUGCUGAAGCUGCUGCUAAAGCAGCUGAGACUCCAGCCGUAGAGGCACAAGAACUCGAGGCCAAACCACCAAACUUGACAGAAGAUGGUGAGAAAAAGAAGCAGAAAAAGCCAAAGAAGAUGUCGAAUAUUCACAACGCGAUCACUGGAUUUGAGGAAGCAUUUGAGCAGUUCGCUACAUCCGGCAUCAGGAAUUCAAAGAGCGACGUGGUCAGUGAUCCAGAGGCGGGGAACCCUCUAAAGCCAAGGCAGAGUGACAUCCCAGCGGACAACAAGCUGGAUGUUAGUGCCACCCAGGCAAGCUACUCCAAGAUGAAGAAGCCAACAGAGGUGAAAAAGAGUCGCCGUCACCCCCUCAGCAAGCCACCCAUGCGCUCCCCUCUGUCCAUCGUCAAGCAAGACCCGACCAGUGACAAGGAGCUGUCCUCCCCCAUGCCGCUGGACAGCGACAUGAAAAAACAGGAGCACCUGUGGCAGAAUCACUCACCCAACUUCUUGGCAGAGAAGGCCUUCAAUGCUGCAGUGGCAGCACUCCAACCACAUUGUGCUAUCUGUUCACUCUUCUGUCCCUAUACUAAGCCACACAAAGAUGUCUCCAUUGCGAACGACACCCCGCGCUCCUCCCUUCCCCGCCAUGGCAGUCUGACUCGUCCGCUGGUCCCAGAAAUGUGCUUCAGCGUUGGGGCAGGAAACACUGAGCCUCCACCCACCAACUAUCACAUUGGAGAGGAUGGAACCAGUCUUCUGAUCCGCUGUUCAUCUUGCCACAUGCAGGUUCAUGCCAGUUGUUACGGUGUAAAGCCAGACUCUGUCAGCGAGUCCUGGAUGUGUUCCAGGUGUGCAGCAGGAGCCUGGACAGUGGAGUGUUGCCUCUGCAACUUGCGGGGAGGAGCUUUGAAGACUACCACAGAUAACCGGUGGGUCCAUGUCAUCUGUGGCAUCGCUGUGGCUGAAGCUCGCUUCGUCAACGCCAUUGAAAGGGAGCCAGUGGACGUCAGUGCUGUUCCAGAAACACGCAAGAAUCUGAAGUGCGUGUUCUGCCAUGGCAAGAAUGCCAAACAGAAUCGCGGCGCCUGCAUCCAGUGCUCGUAUGAGAACUGUGCUACCUCCUUCCAUGUCACCUGUGCCCAAAUUGCCGGAGUUGUCAUGACGCCUGCCGACUGGCCCUAUGUGGUGUCUGUCACCUGCCACAGGCAUAAAAGGGUCACUCAGAAGCCACGGACAGCACCCAAAGGCCCACAGGGUCCGAACCUGGGCCAGAGAGUGAUUGGUCGCAACAGCGAUGGCUGGUACUACCACUGUACCAUCAUAGGCAUGGCAACGCUGACGUUCUACGAGGUCAACUUUGACGACGGUUCAUACUGUGACAAUCUGCACCCAGAGAACAUAUUAAGUCACGACUGCCUCCGUAGUGGUCCUCCCGAAGUAGGGGAGUUGAUCGUGGUCAGCACGCCCGACGGUCAGAUCCUCAAUGCUUCCUUCGUUAAACAGCACACCCACAAGUACUACCAGGUUGAGUUUCAGGACCAGAGUCAGCUGAUGCUAAAACACUCGGAGAUCCAUCAGCUGGACCAGGAGCUGCCCAAGAGGGUCCGAGCCCGACUUGCCAUACCUGUACCCCAGGAGGAGGUCCCCUCAGCAGAUGAAGCCCAAGCAGCCAAACGCCGCCGCCUUCCCUCCGGCUCAGCCCAACCCACUGAGACCCCCAUGGAAACAACUAAUCCGCCCAACUGCCCCCCAACUACAGCCCCAGUAGAAGCACCAGCAGCAAAAGAUGACAGUAUUAGUACACCGCCGACCUCACAUCCUCUGUCCCAGCCCAGCAUGACCCCACAGGCUGACCCCGCUCCAACCAACGGUAUUCAGGUGGAAGCUGAGAUCCCAAUGGACACGAGCGUCAGCCUCACCGACGCUCUAACAGAGUCAUCCCUGGCCUCGGACCCCACGCUGACUCCACAGACGACCCCCUUUCAGUCGACAUUGAACUCUGACCCCCUCCUGUCUGCCCCGUCCCCUCCCCUGCCACCCCAGCACAUGUCUGACAGCUACACGCUGAGCAGCGGCUACGUUUCCUACAUGGAGGCUCUCCUCCAUUCACAUUUCCCUCAGGACGAUGGCCCCAGACCCCUGUAUUAAAAAAAAAAAAAAAAACAACUCCACUAUGUUAUUACUUGGUCAAUGGAGGCUGAGCCAAUAGAAAGUAAGCUAAUGGAGGUGGAUUCUACUGAGUGCUGUGAUAAUGGACAAUAACAUUUCUCGAACCGGCUCUGAAAGCUCAGGGCAGGAGCAGGAAGAGACACGGACACACAAGCACUCUUUUAAUGCAUGUUACUUUUCUAUUUUUGAGUUAAUGUAUUUGCAGUGGUGCUUUAGCCUGCCCUGAAGCAGCAGCUAAAGAGA